AUGUCAACCAAAGCACUGGUAGUGUUGGCUGAGGGCGCAGAAGAGAUGGAAGCAGUUAUCACUGUUGAUGUCUUGAGGAGAGCCGGGAUCUCUGUUACCAUCGCUGGGCUGUUGGGCAAAGAAGCGUCGCGAUGUAGUGAUACACAAAUGUCAACCAAAGCACUGGUAGUGUUGGCUGAGGGCGCAGAAGAGAUGGAAGCAGUUAUCACUGUUGAUGUCUUGAGGAGAGCCGGGCGACCCGACAACCCGUUUCUUCGCCAAUUUACGUCAGCGCUACAUCACUUAGUCCCGGACAUCGGUCUCUCUGAAGUGACCCAAGAGUAUGAUGUGAUUGCACUGCCGGGAGGUUUAGGCGGUUCCAACGCAUUGGCUGCCCAUCCAAGAGUGGGACAACUUCUUAAGCAACAACAGGAAUCAAACAAACUGAUAGCAGCCAUAUGUGCGGCACCGAUAGCUCUCAAAAGUCAUGGCAUUGGACUCGGAAAGAGAAUUACUUCACAUCCAUCUAAAGCUGAAGAACUUAAGGCAGACUAUGACUACAGCGAAGACAGGGUUGUAAUUGACGGACAAUUGAUCACAAGUCGAGGUCCGGGAACUGCCUUCGAGUUCGCGUUGGCUAUCGUUGAGAAACUCUUAGGAAGUAAUAAAGUUAAGGAAAUAUCGGCGCCAAUGGUUCUCAAAGAGUAG